UUCCCGUGGUGCAGCGCGGCCGCGGCCCCGCCGCGCCCGCCAUGUUGUCGGAGUGAUCGCGGCCGGGGCAGAGGCUGCGGCAGCGGCCGGGGGGGGCCCGCCAUCCGUCUGCAUCCGAGCGCUCCGCCCGUGCUGGUGGAAUGAGCGUAGCGUGUGUUUUGAAGAGAAAAGCAGUUCUGUGGCAGGACUCGUUCAGCCCCCACCUGAAGCAGCACACUCAAGAUACAGCUAAUCCCAACAUGCCUGUUGUACUGACAUCUGGAACAGGGUCCCAGGCUCAGCCACAGCCAGCUGCAAACCAGGCCCUCGCAGCAGGGACACACUCCAGUCCCGUUCCGGGCUCCAUAGGGGUGGCAGGCCGCUCCCAGGACGACGCCAUGGUGGAUUAUUUCUUCCAGAGGCAGCACGGGGAGCAGCUCGGGGGAGGAGGGAGCGGCGGCGGCUACAACAACAGCAAACACCGCUGGCCCACCGGGGACAACAUCCACGCAGAGCACCAGGUGCGUUCCAUGGAUGAACUGAAUCAUGAUUUCCAAGCCCUUGCUCUGGAGGGACGGGCCAUGGGAGAGCAGCUGUUGCCGGGUAAAAAGUUUUGGGAAUCUGAUGAUUCCAGCAAAGAUGGACCAAAAGGGAUAUUUCUGGGAGAUCAGUGGAGAGACAGUGCUUGGGGAGCAUCAGAUCACUCUGUUUCCCAACCCAUUAUGGUUCAGAGAAGACCUGGGCAGGGCUUUCACGUGAACAGUGAAGUGAACUCGGUGCUUUCCCCCCGCUCAGAGAGUGGAGGACUGGGUGUGAGCAUGGUGGAGUAUGUGUUGAGCUCGUCUCCUGGAGAUUCCUGCCUAAGGAAAGGAGGAUUUGGGCCAAGGGAUGCAGAGAAUGAUGAGAAUGACAAAGGGGAUAAGAAAAAUAAGGGCACGUUUGAUGGCGAUAAAUUGGGAGAUCUGAAGGAGGAGGGGGAUGUGAUGGACAAAACAAAUGGUUUGCCCGUUCAGAACGGGAUCGACGCUGAUGUCAAAGACUUCAGCCGCACGCCCGGGAACUGCCAGAACUCGGCGAGCGAGGUGGAUCUGCUGGGCCCCAACCAGAACGGAUCCGAGGGCUUGGCCCAGCUGGCCAGUACCAACGGGGCCAAGCCUGUGGAGGACUUCUCCAACAUCGAGUCCCAGAGCGUGCCCCUGGAUCCCAUGGAGCACGUGGGCAUGGAGCCCCUCCAGUUCGAUUAUUCCGGCACCCAGGUCCCCGUGGACUCGGCCGCGGCCACCGUGGGGCUCUUCGACUACAAUUCCCAGCAGCAGCUGUUCCAAAGACCCAACGCCCUGGCGGUGCAGCAGCUGACGGCAGCACAGCAGCAGCAGUACGCCCUGGCUGCUGCCCACCAGCCACACAUAGGUAUGUUUUCAGCAGGUUUAGCUCCUGCUGCCUUUGUUCCCAAUCCCUACAUCAUCAGCGCGGCUCCCCCGGGGACGGAUCCGUACGCGGCCGGACUGGCGGCAGCUGCCACGUUAGGCCCGGCUGUCGUCCCUCACCAGUACUAUGGAGUCACUCCCUGGGGAGUUUAUCCCGCCAGCCUGUUCCAGCAGCAAGCGGCCGCCGCCGCCGCCGCCACCAACUCAGCAAACCAGCAAACGACACAGCAAACCCAGCAGGGCCAGCAGCAGGUUCUCCGUGGAGGAGCCAGCCAGCGUCCCUUGACCCCCAACCAGAACCAGCAGGGCCAGCAGACGGACCCACUGGUGGCCGCGGCCGCCGUCAACUCCGCCCUCGCCUUCGGCCAGGGGCUGGCAGCGGGAAUGCCAGGGUACCCAGUGCUGGCUCCUGCUGCUUACUACGACCAAACCGGGGCCCUGGUGGUGAACGCGGGGGCCAGGAACGGCCUGGGGGCCCCCGUGCGCCUCGUGGCCCCUGCCCCCGUCAUCAUCAGCUCCUCUGCAGCCCAGGCAGCGGUGGCGGCGGCGGCAGCCUCGGCCAACGGAGCGGCGGGAGGGCUGGCAGGGACAACCAACGGACCAUUCCGGCCUCUGGGGACGCAGCAGCCCCAGCCCCAGCCCCAGCAGCAGCCCACCAACAACCUGGCCUCCAGCUCCUUCUACGGCAACAACUCCCUGAGCAGCAAUUCCCAGAGCAGCUCCCUCUUCUCUCAGGGCUCUGCCCAGCCCGCCAACACCUCCCUGGGCUUCGGCAGCAGCAGCUCCCUGGGGGCCACGCUGGGCUCUGCACUGGGAGGAUUUGGGACAGCAGUUGCAAACUCCAACACGGGCAGCGGCUCCCGCCGGGACUCGCUGACGGGGAGCAGUGACCUGUACAAGAGGACAUCGAGCAGUUUGACCCCCAUAGGACACAGUUUUUACAAUGGCCUUGGCUUCUCCUCCUCUCCUGGCCCUGUGGGAAUGCCUCUGCCCAGCCAAGGACCCGGCCACUCCCAGACUCCUCCACCUUCCUUAUCUUCACAUGGAUCAUCUUCCAGUCUAAACCUGGGGGGGCUGACGAACGGCAGCGGGCGCUACAUCUCCGCGGCCCCGGGCGCCGAGGCCAAGUACCGCAGUGCCAGCAGUGCCUCCAGCCUGUUCAGCCCCAGCAGCACCCUGUUCCCCUCGUCCCGGCUGCGCUACGGCAUGUCCGACGUGAUGCCCUCCGGCCGCAGCCGCCUGCUCGAGGACUUCCGCAACAACCGCUACCCCAACCUGCAGCUGCGCGAGAUCGCCGGCCACAUCAUGGAGUUCUCCCAGGACCAGCACGGCUCCAGGUUCAUUCAGCUGAAACUGGAACGUGCCACCCCAGCAGAGCGUCAGCUGGUGUUCAACGAGAUCCUGCAGGCAGCUUAUCAGCUCAUGGUGGAUGUGUUUGGCAAUUAUGUCAUCCAGAAGUUCUUUGAAUUUGGCAGCCUGGAGCAGAAGCUGGCCCUGGCAGAGCGCAUCCGCGGGCACGUGCUGUCGCUGGCGCUGCAGAUGUACGGCUGCAGGGUGAUCCAGAAGGCCCUGGAGUUCAUCCCCCCAGACCAGCAGGUAAUUAACGAGAUGGUUCGGGAGCUGGACGGGCACGUCCUCAAGUGUGUGAAGGACCAGAACGGGAACCACGUGGUGCAGAAGUGCAUUGAGUGCGUGCAGCCUCAGUCCCUGCAGUUCAUCAUCGAUGCCUUCAAGGGCCAGGUGUUCGCGUUGUCCACACACCCCUACGGCUGCCGCGUGAUCCAGAGGAUCCUGGAGCACUGUCUUCCCGAGCAGACCCUGCCCAUCCUGGAGGAGCUUCACCAACACACCGAGCAGCUGGUGCAGGAUCAGUAUGGGAACUAUGUUAUCCAGCAUGUGCUAGAACAUGGUCGGCCCGAGGAUAAGAGCAAGAUUGUAGCAGAAAUUAGAGGCAACGUGCUCGUGUUGAGUCAACAUAAAUUUGCUAGUAACGUGGUGGAGAAGUGUGUGACGCACGCGUCGCGCACGGAGCGGGCCAUGCUGAUCGACGAGGUGUGCACCAUGAACGACGGCCCCCACAGUGCCUUAUACACCAUGAUGAAGGAUCAAUAUGCCAACUACGUGGUGCAGAAGAUGAUCGAUGUGGCAGAGCCAGCCCAGAGGAAGAUUGUCAUGCACAAGAUCCGGCCUCACAUCGCGACCCUGCGCAAAUACACCUACGGCAAACACAUCCUGGCCAAGCUGGAGAAGUACUACAUGAAGAACGGGGUGGACCUGGGGCCCAUCUGUGGCCCCCCCAAUGGCAUCAUCUGAGGGGGCCCCAGCAGAGCCACCCCCGGCCCCCACAACCAGCAACCACCAACACCCCAACUCACACUAGAGAUCCACCUCGACGGUUGCUAAAAAAAAACUAAAAAAGAAAAAAAAAAAAAACAACAAAGAAAAGCAAAGCCUUUGUAAAUUUCUUUAAUUUUAUUAUGCAUAACAUGUACUAAUUAUUUUUUUUAAUUAACUAAUUGCCCUGCUGUUUUACUGGUGUAUAGAAUACUUGUACAUAGGUCUCAGAUGUACAUGGAAGGCCACAUUUUUUUUUUUUUGUUCACUGUUGUAUCUAUAUUCCAAAUGUGGAAACUUUCAGGGUGGUUGGUUUGAAGAAAACAAACGGGGGAAAAAAAAAAAACAACAAACAAACCCUUUUUAAUUCAUCUGCCUCACAGACAAAACAUUUUACAAACACUUCUUUGGUUUUAAUUUUUUUUUUUCCUUUUAGGCAAAAAUCAGCCAGAAGUUUGAAUUUCAGUUCAACGACCCGACGCAUUUAACGCUGUUUAUAAAUAACUAAAAAGAACAAAAAUUCAACUUAAAGCUUGGGUUUUAAAAAAAAAAACAAAACACACGCAAACCAAGAAAGAAAAUUCAGUUUUUAAACCUUUUUAAUUGCUUUCUUUCCGAUGUUUUUAUUUUAUUGGUGAGUAUAAACAUGCUGAAGGAGGGAGCUUAGCUGGCGUUUUGGGGGAGAAAACACCCAGAGGUUUUAAAAAAGUGGGGGGUGGGGGUACCUGUUUACUGCCUCCUCUGGUCUGUUCACCUGGAGAGACAAAAUUUGAUUAUUUAGCAUGAGGAAAAAAAAGAAAACACAAAAAAAAACACAAAAAUCCAACUCGGCUUUGGUCUUGCUUCUAUAAAUAUAUAGUGUAUACUUGGUGUAGACUUUACAUAUAUAAAAAUUUGUAGUAUUUUCUUGUUUUGAUGUCUGAUCUGUAUCUAUAAUGUACCCUAGUAGUGGAACAUACUUCUGACUGUACAAUUGUACAUUUGUAAACCUCUGUAAUGUAAAUGUGGAGAAGUUUGAAUCGACAUAAAAACCUGUUUUUUGGUAAGAAAACAAAAAAAAAAAGAAUUAGCAAAACCUGUGCAUUUCAGUGUAUAUUCACACCUUUUAUGGUCGUAGCAUAUAGUGUUGUAUAUUGUAAAUUGUAAUUUCAACCAGAAGUAAAUUUUUUCUUUUGAAGGAAAUGUUCUCUUUAUACAGCCUAGUUAAUGUUUAAAAAAAAAAGAAAGAAAAAUAAAUGCUUGGUUUUAUUUGUCACCUAGUUGAACGGUAGCGAUCCUUUCUAAAUGUUCUACAAAACUGAUUCAGUUCCAAAUAGUGUUUUUUUGACUCUUACAAAGUAAUGUUUUGCUUAUUUUGUGACAGUAAGAAACAAAAAAGUGCAAAAGUACAGCCCCCCCCCAGUUUUCCUUACAAUCAGAGUCCCUUUUCACCUUGUAAAGUGUGAAUCACCUCCCCUUUUUGUACAGAAGAUGAACUGUAUUUUGCAUUUUGUCUACUUGUAAGUGAAUGUAACAUACUGUCAAUUUUCCUUGUUUGAAUAUAGAAUUGUAACACUACACGGUGUACAUUUACAGAGCCUUGUGUAUAUUUCCAAUGAACUUUUUUGCAAGCACACUUGUAACCAUAUGUGUAUAAUUAACAAACCUGUGUAUGCUUAUGCCUGGGCGACUAUUUUUUGUAACUCUUGUGUAGAUUGUCUCUAAACAACGUGUGAUCUUUAUUUUGAAAAAUACAGAACUUUGGAAUCUG